AUGUGCCCAAGAUGUCAUUUUUCGAAAUGCAAAUUUGAAGUUCUUCGAUCUACGUGUACAAUGUCAAAUAUUGCGUAUGUGUUUGAUAAUUUUGCGACGUAUAUGUUUGCUAUCUUUAUCUCCAUAUGGUCUACAGUUUUUACGGAAUUGUGGCAAAGAAGAGAAUCUAUUUUAAGAUUACAAUGGAAUCUAAGAGAUGUAGAACACGAGACCACAACCAGACCAGCAUUUUUUCAAACUAAAAAGACUAAGUAUUCACCUGUUACCGAUAGCGAAGAACCAUUUAUAUCGAUUUAUGAUAGAUGUGCCAAGUAUUCUUUCACGUUUGUUAUUGUUAUACUUGCGCUACUUCUAGUUCUUCUUGCUGUAGUUGGAGUUAUGAUAUACCGGAUUACUGUAAACACAAUUUUAUUAUCAAGAAAGCAAACAGAAAUAAUUACAAAAAAUAGACAAAUAAUAGCGUCAUCUACAGGUGCAUUAAUGUCAGCUUCUUUCAUUAUCGCUUUUAAACAGGUUUUUAAAAAAGUGUCGUUGUGGUUAACAGAGUUAGAAGAUCAUAGAACACAGUACGAGUUCGAUAAUGCUUACGUUUAUAAAGUCUAUGGAUUCGAAUUUGUAAAUAAUUAUGCUGCACCUAUGUAUAUCGCAUUUUUUAAGGGUAGAUUCUUUACUCAUCCUGGAGAUUUAAAAGUUUGGAAGGCUUAUGGUGGCCUGGGCUCAGAUUAUUGUGAUACUAGCGGGUGCACUCUGGAUUUGUGUGUUCAAUUAUUUACCAUAAUGGCUGUAAAAACGCUUUUCAGUAAUAUAACGCAGUACGUCAAUCCAAUCAUACAAAAGAAAUUGCAGAUUUGUCUGAAACGAGUUUCCAGACAUACACAACUUCCUUUUUAUCAAGAAGAAUUUAUUAAGCCCAAAACCGAUUAUUUCUUUUUGAUAGAUGAAUACGUAGAACAAGUGAUUUUGUAUGGAUUUGUCGUAUUUUUCAUAGCGGCAUUUCCUUUGGCACCGUUACUGGCAUUUGCAACAUGCGUCGGCGAGUUAAGAACCGACGCUUCAAAAAUCACGAGGAACUACAGAAGACCUAUUCCUCAAAGAGUAACCGGAUUGGGAGCUUGGUUAGUUAUUUUGCAAGCCGUCACAUAUGUAGGUGUGGUUACUAAUGCAUUUAUGAUUGCAUUUACAAGCAAUGUGGUGGAUUUUGAAGUCUAUAGAUUGCAUUGGUUUUCUACAGGAGGAUUUCAUAAUACCACUAUUUCAGCUUUUGAUAUAAGAGAUUUUGUCUUUUUUGAGACAAAACAAGUUCAGGAGUGGUGUUACUAUCCAGGUCGCAGAUAUCCACCAGAUCAUCCCCGUAAAUAUCAAGUGACCACGGAUUAUUGGUUCAUGUUGGGAUUGCGAUUUUCAGUUGUUGUUAUUUUUGAGCAUAUCUUAAUGGUCAUAAAGGGCAUUUUAGCAUAUGCCAUUCCAGAUAUUCCAAACAGAGUCCUAGUAGAACUUGCAAAAGAAAAGAGAAAAGAAAUAAGUGCAUAA